UCAUUUUGGGAAAAUGAGGAAAGGGGAGGAGGGGAGAAGUGUCAGCAGCAGGAGGCUGUGCCACGCACUGCUCUGCUCUGCAGUUCCUCCCCACGCUGCCUGCCUGUGGGGGCUCAGAGCACCCCUGCAGCUGCUCCAGAUUUUCUGGAGGACUGGGGCAGAAGGGCCUCGUUUCUCAUCAAGGUGCUGCUUCCCCUACUGAUAUAGUGUUGUCAUGAUACCUGGAGCCUCCAGCCGAAUGGGGUGCAUCUUGCUUGGGACUCUUGUGAGCAAAAGGGGAGGAAGGGUGCUGACCCUUGGGACUGGGCAGUGGAAUCUGCGCUGAAGCGCUGCCUGCUUCCCUAAGGGAAUUAAAUGACAGAUUUGGAUUGAUAGCAAGAAAAAUAGCAGCAAAACUGCAUUUAAUCAAUCAAAAGCUAUAAGACUACUGUCCGCUGCAGGAAUUUCACAUUUUUGCUUUGCCUACUGAUACUUUUGGAUCAAAACUGAAAGUGUUCUUUAGCAGCUUGUUGCUCAGCAGGAUAUUUGCAGGGUGGUUAUUUAGCCAUCUUCUUCUCUUCUAUAUGAAAAUUAUCUGUUUUUAUGUGAUUUCUUCUGGCCACGUUUCCUGCAGUGUGCUCAUUACUGUGUGUUCCAUGAACCAGGCUGCUCCAUUUUCUCUCUGAUGUCCGUUGCUGAGAUUCAGAGUUGUGCUCCUCCAAUAGUUCUGACCCAAAUCCUGCGGUCAGCAAAUCUGCGUGUUUGUUGUGCAAAGAGAACAGCUCUGAGAGAGGCAAUUGACUUUUGAGGGGAAGAAAGGUAAAACCAGCUCGCAUCUUCUUGUUGCACAAAUGCUUAUCAUGUACUUGACUGCAGGAUAAUAAAUGUCUCCUCUUCACCGACCAAUAACUGUAACUCCUAAAUCAGUGCAGUGCAGUCCGAUAACUCUGGUUAAUGUCUGUCUGGAAUUACAGAAGGGGCAUAAAGCAAGCAGCUGGGUUUAGCGGGGUUGUGCCUUGGAAAUUCUAAUAACAAACCUUUGGAUGUCUUUCUGAGGUUGCUGUGAAAUGGAGAGAUAAUGUGUGCAGUGUGCCAAGGAAGAGCACGACACAGAUUGGAAAUUUGGUGACGUUUGCUAGCAAGGCUCAGGGAAGAGGAGACAAUGGGAAAGGGCUUGGUGCUGGAAUCCUGUACUCUCAUCCUGAGUGAGGUGGAUUUGCACCGCCGUGCAGCUGGUGGCACAGCAUGGUACCAGCCCAGGGACAGCAGCGUCCCUGACCCGAAAGGGUCAGAAAUAAGGUAAAAUGAGAACUGAAAUCAGUGUGUUGGAUGCCAGUCCACUGAGGUCACGGUUACAUUGAGUCGUGGAGAAAGGAAUUGGACGUCAGUGGUGCAGUGUUUGGCCUGCUCCUUCAGGAGUUGCGUUAUGGAAGAGGGGGGAACGAAAGCAAAAUAAAGGCCCGUUCAUAAAUAUAUCUCCUCUAUCUAUUAAAGUCAGUAUUUUGGUCGGAGAGUUAUAUAAAUAGGGCUGUACUUUUUGCUGUGCUCUGGUGAAGGGUUAUGUGUAAAAAGGGGUGAAAGCUGCAUUUGGUGUUUCAAAUAAAAACAGAGCUCCGUAUCCGGGUUCCUCUGUUAGUGUUGGCUCACGGCGAGAGGCAGCACGUGCCCUGCAGAGCAAGCCCCUGGCUCUGCACAGAUGUUGCUCCGUGCCCACGCGGCGUGGGGAUCAGAGCUGACUUUUAUUUUUCUGUUCUUUUUUGUUUUGUGGAAGGCUGAGCAGAAAGCACUGAAGCAGGCUGUGGGGACAACAACUCUGCUUUCUGAAUUUGAUGGAUCCCUCUGAGUCUGCUUUCCUAAAACAGUCUGCAGAGGGACAGCAAUCAAUAUCCCUCAGCUUGUUUUUGAUGCUGAUGCUUUUGGUCCUAAUGUGGUGAAUCUUACUGGCUGCUCCUUCCCCAGUGAUGAGCUGCGCUGAGCCUGCAGUGCCUGGAAGCUGCAGUGUUGGUGUCAGUGGGAAGGAAACAAUCUUGGCCAUCAUCUAGCAGCAUGAGCUUGGAUCCAGGGACCUGAGCUGUGUGUAAGGAAGUGCCCAGCCCAAUCUGCAAGGCUGUGAGGAGAAUGCAGAAGUUGUUUCUGGUGGAUGAAUUCCACACCAGCACACUGUCCUCACACAACGAACUAGAAAAACAUAGACGGGCGAAACUCCGGCUAUAUUUGGAACAGCUAAAACAGCUCGUGCCUCUUGGGCCGGACAGCACCAGACACACCACUCUAAGUCUGUUGAAAAGAGCUAAGAUGCAUAUCAAGAAAUUGGAAGAACAGGACCGAAAAGCUCUGAAUAUUAAAGAACAAUUACAGCGGGAACACCGCUACCUCAAACGCAGGUUGGAGCAGCUAUCCGUGCAGGGCAUGGAGCGCAUCCGCACUGACAGUAUGGGAUCAACAAUAUCCACUGACUCUGAACAAGAAGUAGACAUUGAAGGAAUGGAGUUUACACCCGGGGAAAUGGACAGUGUUGGAAGUGCCAGUGAUGCUGAAGACCACUACAGUUUGCAAAGCGGCUCAAGCGAUGGAGGUUACACACAUUCCCGCAGACUGAAUGCCAGGCUCUCAUAGUGCCUGAGUUACCAGUUCAACUCAGGACCAUCUGACUGAAGCACUUAUAUAUGAAUAUUCCAGAGGUGUCAACUGCCACUCUUCCGGGAAACCCCAACCACAGUACUCUGACAUGGAGGUUUCUUACCCACGGUUCCCUGCACUGUAACCACAAUAUUAGAUAUUGUAAAUCAUGGGUUUGUUGCAGAGAACUGUGGUUAGGUACAGUUGUGACUUAAAGCUAGCUUGAUGUAGCUCUACUGCAAAUUAAAGAAAAGAAAUUGUCAUUCCAUUCAAGAGGUAUUAAAUUCAAACUGUUGGAAGCAUGGCAUAAGGAAGUUUGACAGUUAUUUUGAUUUUGCAAAAACCAUUUUCAAACAUGGAAGAAUGAACAGAAACUACCAUGCAUUAGUGAUUCGGAGAUACAAAAACCUAAAACUACUUUUUGUGGUAUUUUUACAUGGAAAAAAAGAAAAUGGAACCCUGUAUAGCAGGCUCUGUUGUAUCAAUUCUUUCAGCAGUUGUUUGGGUAAAGCAGGCGGAUAAACCUUCAAAUUACAGAUGAUCUUUAGAAAAGGUCAUAUUUACAAGUCACUACUGUACUUCAAAAUGGGGGAAAAGCCAGCUCUAGUAAUGACUUCAUGUGGGAUGAUCUCAACUUUCUUCUGCUUUUUUGUAUUCAGUAUCCAACCAGCAGCAAAUCAUUCCAUCCAUGUUAACAGGAGGAGUAGAAUGCAGCACUGCAGUUUGGACCUGUUACUGUGGAAUGGAUGACAUUGAAGCAUUUCAGUGUUUUUGGUGGUGUUUUUUUUUUUUUUCAUUUCUUUGUCUGAAAAAUACAGAACUCAAGCGAUCCAGAUUGUGAUAGCUGAUCUUUCCUUGCAGGGAAAUGAAAUUUCUGUUUGCUUGUAUUUUUUUUUUCUUUUUACACAUGUCAAUACAUUUUUAUGGAAGGCAUGGCUUAAAAAUACAGUAUUCAGCUAGAAGAUAAUUAAUCCUUUUUUCUUUUGCACACUAUAAUUGCAUUUUCUAUUCUUAAAAAAGUGCAAAAAAUUUAAAUGUAUGCUGUAAAACAGCAAAGUUUAUUUAGUACUCAUCAAGCUGUUCAGAACAUAUUUACCCAAAUUAUAGCAAUACUAUGAAGAUGUAUUUUAAUACAACUUCUGCUUAGUGAAGUCAUUAGAGCUUGGCUUGCCGGGUAAGAAAAAACGGACCAGUCUUUGCAUUACCUGUUUAAAGAAGGUCUUUUAAAAAAAAAAAAAAGAAAGAAAAAAAAAAAGAAAGAAAAAAAGAAAAAAAAAAGAGAAAAAAGCUAUAAACACUUUUAGGGAAGUGAUUUUAGCAAGUGUAGUCUAUAUUUCCUGUAAGAGAUUUUGUAUUAUAUUUUCCUAAAUGUUCUCAUUUACUUGUAUAGGGAGGGGAAUGGUACAGACCCAGACCAGAGUCUCAGGGACUCUUCACCUUUGUCAUAUUGUGCCUUGGUGACCAUUUAUGUAUGCCUCUCCUUUUCAUUGUUUAAAGGACAACUAAGCUUUGUUUCCAGACCCUCCAUUUGAAUGGUCAGUUGUCCACCUUCCUACCGAUGAAGUAGAGAGGUGUGUUUAUAUCUUUACCCUCUCACAACUGAUUCAGUGUGGCUUUAAGUAAAAUCCUAAAUUUAGGUUUCGGUGCGAGGGUUAAUUGUAUAAGCCCUCCUUUUGAUUCUUCAGCACCCAAAUCUAUAUUUUGUUAGCUUAUAAAGUCAGGGUCUCCGUGAGACCAGUGCUCAGUGGCUAGGGAAACACAAAUGUACUGUGUAAGGCUAUGGGAUGUCCAAGUGUGGUGCCAUUUUUAGCAUUCAGAUACAAGACCUCAUGACACGCUGACCAUAAUGAUCAAAAACAAAGAUUCAGUUGUUCUUUCAACAUCUGACAUACGUGUCCUCCCUUUGGCUCUUACAACACCAAGUAGAAAUACGAAUACAUUUUGUGGCAGCUUACAGAUCCUUGUUUGCACUCUCGCUUACUGCUUGGAACUUGCCAACAAGGAAAAUGUAUAUGUUUAAUGUACAUAACCUAACGGAUUGCCACCCCUACUUUGGCUCUGGGGAGGGGCAUAAGGUUAUCAACUCUGGCAGCUGAAUAAGAAAACAAUUAACCUUUUCUGUGAUGCAGGUUUUGGUAUUAUGUUGUAUACACCUUGCAUUUUACUAAAAUCCUCGUUGUUGGGGAAAGCACACAGCAAUAUACUCAUUGUGUGUAGCUGACAAGCAGCAGAAAUUACUAGCUCCUUUGGUGCAUAUGAAACUAAUUUCCAAAUCAUGGAAAAAACAAAACAAAACAAAACUAAGAGUUUACUUUAACAUACGACUGUUAACAGGAAAAAAAACAGGCUAGUAUAUUGUUGCUGUUCAUUUAUUCUAUAAUGAACACGUUCAUGAAUUGUAAAGUGUUUCCUUUCGUGACAAGCAGCUCUUGCACAGAACCUCCUAAUGAAAAGAGAUUUGAAACUUACAGAAGGAAAGACAAGAUUUUAAAUUGAACAUUAUUGUACCUUAGGUCAACCUGAAAUUUUCCUUUUAAAGAUGAAUGUGCUAACUUAAUGAGUUCUUCCACGCUGGGUAUCCAUGGCUUUGUAGAUCUUAUAUUUUCAAUAAAAAUUACUCGAAUAA